AUGACGGCCAUAAAAGGUGAAUUGAAAGACCGACAGGGAUUGGCUGUUUCCGGAGCACUCGCAUUGGCCUUGGAAGAGAUUAAUAAUGAUACAAUGUUGCUACCCGACGUGGAGCUGAUGCUGCGAUGGAAUGAUACUCGGGGAGAGACGGUUGCUGCCACGAGAUUCAUAACGGAUAUGGUUUGCGAAGGAGUAUCAGCGUUUUUCGGUCCCGAACAUUCAUGUCUUGUUGAAGCCAUUGUUGCACAAUCUCGAAACAUUCCGAUGAUCAGCUACAAAUGCCUGGACGAUGCGGCGUCGAGCGUUCCAACAUUCGCAAGAACCGAACCGCAAAAUCAUCAGGUUACAAAAUCGAUCAUUUCCCUGCUUAAAUACUACAGCUGGAGAAAAUUUUCGGUCAUCUACGAGGAGAAAUGGGAGACGGUGGCCAAAUCCUUGCAUUCGCAAGCCAAAACAAACAAUUUGACCGUUAAUCACAUGAGAAAAGUCGUCGAUCGGCAUAAAUGUUGCGAAGAAAAACUCGCGUGUUGUCAUUCCGGUUACUGGUACCAAGUCAUACAGGAAACGAAAAAUAGAACUCGGAUUUACGUUUUCCUCGGUACUCCGAUGGCUCUCAUAGACAUGAUGAUGACGAUGCAAGCUCUUCAACUAUUCGACGAAGGUGAAUACAUGGUCAUUUACGUCGACAUGAUGACGUAUUCGGUACGAGAAGCUCAAAAAUAUUUAUGGAAACCGGAAGUAUUUGAUAAGUUCACAUCGUGUGACGAACAAAAAGACUUUUUACAAAGGGGAAGAUCACUUUUGGUCGUCGUAUCAUCUCCUCCCACGUACGAAUACGAAGAUUUCACGCAAAAAGUGCGAGAGUACAACUCGAGAGAACCAUUUAAUUUCGUCACGCCGAAACUAUUCGAAACGAAUCAAUAUCAAAAGUUUGUAUCUAUUUACGCGGCGUAUUUAUACGAUGCCGUUAAACUUUACGCUCGAGCUUUAGACUAUUUGAUUCGUCAGCAAGGUGAUAACAUAACCGAAGCUCUUAUCGAUGAUAUUGCGAGUAACGGAACAAACAUAAUACAAACGAUAAUUAAAAAUAAAACAUACGAAAGUAUAACCGGAGCAACAAUCAAGUUGGAUCCGAAUGGAGAUUCGGAAGGGAAUUUUUCCGUUUUGGCAUUAAAACCCCACAAGUUAGAUGUGAAAAAUUUUUCGUGUGAUUAUCACAUGGUUCCAGUUGGUCAGUUCCAACAAAGUGAUUAUCCAGAGUACAAAUUAAAUUCCCCAAGUUUGACACCUGAUUGGCCGAGCGGUAGAAAACCAGACGACGAACCUUCUUGCGGUUUCGACAACGAACUUUGUGCAAAAGAUGACACGCAUCAAAGUAGCAUAGUUGCGGCUGGAACUUUGGGCGUAUUAUUAUUUUGCGCGGCCGUCGUGACCGUAUCGAUAUAUCGAAAAUGGAAAAUUGAACAAGAAAUAGAGGGUCUCCUUUGGAAAAUCGAUCCUCAAGAUCUCCACGGGUAUUUUAGCACGGACGUCACGGGUUCUCCUAGUAAACUGAGCGUCGUGAGUGCCACAUCGUACGAAUCCAGGUGUGGUCCCCAAGUAUUCGCAGUUACCGGACAAUUCAAAGGAGUCGUCGUUCGAAUAAAAGAAUUGAAAUUUUCUAAAAAAAAAGAUAUUUCAAGAGAUGUGAUGAAAGAAAUGAGAUUGUUGAGAGAUUUACGACACGACAACAUAAAUUCUUUUAUUGGCGCUUGCGUCGAAUCGUUCAGAGUUCUUAUUGUUACCGAUUAUUGCGCCAAAGGAAGCCUUUACGAUAUCGUCGAAAACGAAGACAUAAAAUUAGAUAUAAUGUUUAUAGCAUCAUUGGUCCAUGAUCUCAUAAAAGCAAUGAUGUUCAUUCACAGUUCGGCACUUGUCUGUCAUGGAAAUUUAAAAUCGUCGAAUUGUGUCGUCACUUCCCGUUGGGUUUUACAAGUAACGGAUUUCGGUUUGCACGAAUUGAGACACUGCGCGGAAAAUGAUUCGAUCGGAGAACAUCAGUAUUACAGGAAUAUGUUCUGGAAAGCUCCGGAACUAUUACGAGAAUCGUGUUCUCCUAUAAAAGGCUCACAAAAAGGUGACAUAUACGCUUUUGCAAUUAUACUUUAUGAAAUAAUUGGAAGAAAAGGUCCUUUCGGAGGAUGUAGGUACGAACCUAAAGAAAUAAUAGAAUUGGUAAAAGCGUAUCCCGCAAAGGGAAGCGAACCAUUCCGACCGGAUUUAGAUUUGCUUAGAGUUUCAGAAGUCGGAUGUCCAGAAUAUGUUGCCAGUUGCAUCGAAGACUGUUGGUCAGAAGUACCGGAAAUGCGUCCCGAUUUUUCCGUUAUUCGUACCAGGCUUAAAAAAAUGAAAGAUGGAAUGAAACGAAAUAUCAUGGACCAAAUGAUGGAAAUGAUGGAAAAAUAUGCCAACAAUCUUGAAGAUUUAGUCACGGAAAGAACGAGAUUGUUAUUUGAAGAAAAACAAAAAACGGAAGAUCUAUUGAAUCGAAUGUUGCCGGCGCCUGUUGCCGAAAGACUGACGAAAGGCAUCGGCGUCGAACCCGAAUCAUUCGAUCAGGUGACCAUUUAUUUUAGUGACAUUGUUGGAUUCACCGCCAUGUCAGCUGAAAGUACACCGCUUCAGGUGGUUAAUUUCCUUAACGAUCUUUACACUCUCUUCGAUCGAAUAAUAAAAGGUUACGACGUGUAUAAAGUGGAAACGAUAGGCGAUGCUUACAUGGUCGUAUCCGGUUUGCCUCUUAAAAAUGGAGACCGUCAUGCAGGUGAAAUAGCAUCCAUGUCUUUGGAAUUAUUGGAAGCCGUUAAAAAUCAUAAGAUUGCUCACAGGCCGCAAGACACGUUAAAAUUAAGAAUCGGAAUUCACACGGGACCGGUUGUGGCCGGAGUUGUGGGACUCACAAUGCCUCGGUACUGUUUAUUCGGUGAUACAGUUAACACAGCUUCCAGAAUGGAGUCGAAUGGAGAAGCUCUUAAAAUUCAUAUUUCUCUUCAUUACUUAGUGGAAAACAGGGGUUUAGUUUACAUGAAAGGCAAAGGUGAAGUCAAUACUUUUUGGCUUGUCGGAGCCACAGCGAAAGCCAUACAAAAACGCGAAGUCGAUUUAGCCGAACUUCCUCCUCUUUUUUGCCGGCCGAGAAAAUCCCCGAAUUUGAAUUCUCGUCAGGCGUCCAUAUGCGGAGGAUUCGGUAUGAGCAGUCGAAGGCAGUCGAACGUUCCGAGAGGAGCAAGCACGGAAGUCGACACGUCGUCGUCCAUAAAUCUUCCUCUGGCGGAUCCUUCGACGCGAAUCACGGCAAAAGAAUCCCACCGAUCUUCUCAAUACGCGUCCGAUCCUUGCUCGUCGAAAUUAACACUCGACGUGGGAGCCUUGGAAAAUUUUGACGUACCCUCCGACCCGUUGAUGCUACCCGUCAAUUACUCCAAUUCGUAUUUGAAAUGUUCUAAAUCGUUGGACGUGUUUCCGAGCAGGAAAAAAUUAGAUCCGAAUGCGACGUCGUCGUCGUCGUCGACGACAACAUUGAAAAUUCCAAAUCAAUCUCGUUCACUUGAAAACUGUACAAAGCAAAUAUAUUUACCUCUAGUCAAUAAUAAUAUACCAAAUGGAAACCUCAGCGGAGGCGAAGACAGUCGAGAGGACGUGGACGCGCCAUUGCUACCCUCGUCGGACGAAGUCCGAAUCGUGCGAAACAGGAAACGUCCCGCGUCGGACAAGUUUCCGGAAACGAUGCCGAAAAGGUGGCAUUCAUUGGAAGAAGUUCUCGAACCGUGUCCGGAACCUUCGCCGAGCGGUAAUAAAUCCUCGAAAACGAGGAGUUCUAUCAGGUGGCUGGUAGGAAUAAGGUGGCACGAAAAUGGUCUCCGCACGAGCAACGCAUCCCUUAGGAAAGCUUUCAGGGCUUACGGUGACGCCCAAGCAGACAGACAAAGUAUUGUGUAA